AUGCUUACCGAUAACGAUCUCCACCGCCUUGCAGUCUUCCUCGGCUCCUGCGCCAUGAUACUCAUCGUCCUCUACCACUUCCUCGAAGUCAACGCAAAGGACGACGAAGACGACACUGUCCCUGCGACCAAGAACUCAAAGAACGGCUCGACAGAUGCAGCUUCGCGUACAACAUCAACGGCGGCCGCAGGCGGCUCAUCUGUUUGUGGAGGGGGCAAGGACCGAUAA